UCAUUCGUCGCAAACUGUUCGAUAACCGCAGAUCCAAACACCAAACAACAAUCACCAUGAAAUUCCUGAUUGUCUUCGUCGCCCUCUUCGCCGUGGCUCUGGCUGCUCCUGCCGCUCAGGAAGCCGAAAUCCUGCGCAGUAAUUCCGACGUUGGAUCCGAAUCAUUCAAAUACGAGUUUGAAAUUACCGAUGGACAGGCCGCUCAAGCCGAAGGUCAGCUGAAGAACAUUGGAUCUGAGAACGAGGCUAUCUCUGUCCAUGGAUACUACCGCUUCGUUGCUGAUGAUGGUGUGACCUACGAGGUUCAGUACAUCGCCGAUGAGAACGGAUUCCAGCCCCAGGGUGCUCAUCUGCCCGUUGCCCCCGUGGCCUAAGUAAAAUUGCUUUGGCCUUUAGCAAUUUUAAAGCCACACUAUCCAACUCCUUGUUAAUAUCCCCAGACAUUACCAAACCGUUCCUAUCCCUGUUUUCGAAGGACGUAAACUAAGUCAACCAGCACCACUUGUUAAAAAUUAAAGGAAUUUAAUUGCCUGAA